AUGGCCGGAGGCGGUGUAAUCGCUUCCGCUAAUUCAAAAGCAUAUCCCGGAAACCUCACAUUCAACGUCUUCAUCACAUGUUUGGUGGCAGCAUGCGGUGGUCUGAUUUUUGGAUACGAUAUCGGAAUUUCAGGUGGGGUCACUUCUAUGACGCCUUUCUUGAAGAAAUUCUUUCCGGCGGUUUACAUGAAGCAGAUGGAAACUAUUGCAUCAAGCAACCAAUAUUGCAAGUUCAACAGUACGACGUUAACCAUGUUCACAUCAUCGCUCUACUUGGCUGCACUUGUGGCAUCAUGGUUCGCAUCAUUUAUAACCAGAGCUGCCGGCCGGAAAAAGUCCAUGCUUGUCGGCGGUUGCAGUUUCUGCGCCGGAGCCCUUGUCAAUGCCUUUGCUCAAAACGUUUUAAUGCUUAUCAUUGGUCGCAUUCUUCUUGGCAUCGGUAUUGGAUUCGCUAAUCAGUCUGUGCCUUUAUAUCUAUCAGAGGUCGCUCCAUAUAAGUAUCGUGGUGCUCUUAAUGUCAUGUUUCAACUCUCCAUAACCAUUGGAAUUCUAGUUGCGAAUGCAGUUAACUACGGAUUUGCACAAAUCAAGGGUGGAUGGGGGUGGCGGUUGAGCCUGGGAGGAGCCGUUGUUCCUGCUGUUAUCUUCAUCGUUGGCUCUCUUGUUCUCCCUGAUACACCGAACUCGCUCAUCGAACGUGGGAAGAUUGAAGAAGCCAAAGAAAGAUUGUUAAAGAUUCGUGGUGUUAACAAUGUCGAUGAAGAAUUCAACGAUCUCAUUGCAGCAAGUGAAGAAUCGAAAAAGAUUAAACACCCAUGGUUUAAUCUUCUUCGAAGAAAAUAUCGACCUCAAUUAACGUUUGCAAUCCUCAUCCCGUUCUUCCAACAACUUACAGGAAUGAAUGUGUUCAUGUUCUACGCCCCGGUUUUGUUCAAAACCAUGGGAUUCGGAGAUAAUGCUUCGCUCUUUUCCGCCCUCAUUACCGGCAUCGUUAACUCCUUAGCAACCCUCGUUUCGAUCUUUACUGUAGAUAAAGUUGGAAGAAGGUUUUUGUUUCUUGAGGGUGGGAUUCAAAUGUUAAUCUGUCAGGCUGUUAUAACGGUUGCAGUCGCUACCAAGUUCGGAUUACAAGGAAACCCGGGUGAGCUCGAGAAGUGGUAUUCGAUCCUUGUCGUUGUGGCCAUUUGCGUGUACAUCUCGGCAUUCGCAUGGUCGUGGGGUCCGCUAGGGUGGCUCGUGCCGAGUGAAAUCUUCCCACUCGAGAUCCGAUCAGCUGCUCAAAGUGUUAAUGUUUCCGUCAACAUGAUCUUCACCUUCUUCAUUGCUCAGAUCUUCCUGGAGAUGUUGUGUGUUUUCAGGUUUGGAUUGUUUAUAUUCUUUAUGUUCUGGGUGUUGGUGAUGACGGUUUUCAUUCACAAGUAUUUUCCGGAGACAAAGGGAAUUCCGAUAGAAGAGAUGGCCGGAAUUUGGAAGCAGCACCCGUUUUGGAAAAGAUUUGUGCCGGCGGUGGCUGACGAAGAAGAAGUGGAGGUUACGGAGAAGAACCAGGAAGAAGAGGAACCGAAAACGACAAUUUAG